UAAAAGUUUGAAUUAUUGAUUUACAAGAAAAUUGAUUUAUUUAUAUUUACAAUUUAUAUUUUAGUUGUUUUCAUAUUCUCUUUGCUGAUCAAAGUAACGCUUACGAGUUAAAGUAUGUGCAAUUUAUAGUUUUUUCUUAAUACAAUAUCAAAAUAUCAUGGCUACGCGCCAUCCUCAAUUGUUAUAGAUUAGAUUUUACAAACAAUGCUUUGAAACUAAAAAGUGUUAGUUGGUUUAAUUUUUUCCGGUAAAAGUCAAUGACCAAUAGGAUAAAUCUAUCUCGACCUAUUUACGUAAAGAAUUCUUUCUACUUUACUGAUGCUCUCGAAAUAGUAGUGUUUAGCUCGUUGUUUAUGCUAAAAGUGUUUCUUUAUUCUAUUUACAGCAAAACAAAGUAAACGCGAAAAUGGCAGUCAACAUGCAAAACAUUGGAAAAAUGAUAACAGAACAGCUGCGGAAUCCUAAUGAAUUAGAUAUAAACCUUAGAAUGGAAUUUGGUCCAUUCGAAACUGUACAUAAAUGGAAACGUAUGUCUGAGUGUUACGAGUUUGUUGGAGCCAGACGAAGCAAACAUACAGCAGUGGCAUACAAAGAUGCUAUCUACGUAUUUGGUGGUGAUAAUGGAAAGUCCAUGUUAAAUGAUCUGAUUAGAUUUGAUAUCAAAGAAAUGUCUUGGACUAAGACAGGAUGUAUGGGCACUCCUCCGGCACCACGGUAUCAUCAUUCCGCUGUAGUUCACAUGUCUUCUAUGUUUGUGUUUGGGGGCUAUACUGGAGAUAUACUUGCAAAUUCAAACCUUACCAAUAAAAAUGACCUAUUUGAAUACAAGUUUCCUAGCGCUCAGUGGGUACAGUGGAGAUUUACUGGAGCGGAGCCAGUGCCAAGGUCAGCGCACGGUGCGGCAGUGUACGACGACAAGCUUUGGAUCUUCGCGGGCUACGACGGCAACGCACGACUCAAUGAUAUGUGGACUGUUAACUUAGUUGGUGAGAACCGUCAAUGGGAACGCGUGGAACAGAAGGGCCAGUGUCCUCCGACUUGUUGCAAUUUCCCAGUAGCGGUGGCGCGCGGAAAAAUGUACGUCUUCAGCGGACAGAGCGGUGCUAAGAUCACUAACGCACUCUUCCAGUUCGACUUUGAAACACAUACUUGGAGUCGUAUCUGCACUGAGCACUUGCUGCGCAGCGCAGGUCCUGCGCCGGCGCGACGUUACGGGCACACAAUGCUGGCUCACAACCGACAUCUAUACGUAUUCGGCGGCGCCGCUGACAGCACCAUGCCUUCCGACGUAUACUGCUUCGACCUCGACACGCAAAUGUGGUCCAUGAUCCAGCCGGCGCCGGAGUCUCAGAUACCGUCGGGGCGGUUGUUCCACGCCGGUGCUGUGGUCGGCGACGCCAUGUACAUCUUCGGUGGUACUGUUGAUAAUAAUGUACGCAGCGGAGAGCUCUACCGCUUCCAGUUGUCUAACUACCCGCGCUGCACGCUGCAAGAGGACCUGGGCCGCAUCCUGCGCUCGGAGCAGUUCUGUGACGUGCUGCUGCUGGUGGGGGAGGAGCCUGCCGCCGUGCUCGCCCACCAGGCACUCCUCGCCGCGCGCUCCACCUGUCUGCGCGACAAGAUCAUGGAAGCUCGUGAAGAACUGUCUGCGCGCGUGGCGGCGGGUGAAGCGAAGCCUCUGGAGCCCUACAACUACCAGGGCAAGCCUGACCUCGUCAUACAUCUGCCUGAGGCCAGGCCUGAUGCCUUCCGCAUGGUCCUCACUUAUAUAUACACUGAUAGAAUUGAUCCCACUGAAACACUGAUUGAAGAAAGACCAGCAUCAGAUGAUACAAUCCAACUUGUAAUGGAGGUGCUUCGUUUAUCACUACGGUUGAACAUUCCACGUCUCUGUGGAUUAUGUGCUAAGUUUCUUCGUGGUAACCUUUGCCUAGGCAAUGUGCUUAAAGCGCUGCAUGCAGCACAUGUGUCUAACCUCUGCUGCAUCAAGGAAUACUGCUUACGGUUCAUAAUAAAAGAUUACAACUUCACUCCGAUCGUGAUGUCGAAGGAGUUUGAGCAGAUGGAGCGCAACUUGAUGGUGGAGAUCAUCCGGAGACGACAGCAGCCUCUGCCGCUCAAACCUCCCAACAUUGACGCCGCUGACGAUGCACUCGCAGGUACAACACUGGAGCAGGACCUGUGCAUGUUCCUGACUGGGGGGGCGGAGCUGAGUGACGUCACGCUGCGAGUGGGGGGCGUGUCCCGGCCCGCCCACCGCUCCAUACUUGCCGCACGCGCCGCAUACUUUGAAGCCAUGUUUAGAUCAUUCUCGCCUAGGAAUAACAUUGUUAAUAUACAAAUUUGUGACUCUGUGCCAUCGGAGCCAGCUUUCGACUCGUUAUUGCGCUACAUCUACUACGGAGAGACCAACAUGCCCACUGAGGACUCCCUCUAUCUAUUCCAAGCUCCCAUAUACUAUGGGUUCACAAACAAUCGUCUGCAAGUAUUCUGCAAGCACAAUCUCCAAACAAACGUAUCCCCGGAUAAUGUGCUCGCGAUCCUUCAGGCGGCAGAUCGCAUGCACGCCACAGAUAUAAAGGAAUACGCCCUCAAGAUGAUUGCACACCAGUUCGCUGUGGUGAGUCGUAAUGUGGCUCGUCAAGAAGCCAUCAAGAAUCUAGCUCAGCCAUUGUUAGUUGACAUUGUGUUGACUUUAGCUGAAGAAGGUAAGUUUGAUACUCCUACACAGACACAGCCCAGGUGUGCCAUUGCACCCUCCACAUCAGCAGAGCCAAUCAUCUAAACAUCGGACAGAAUACAACUGUGCAAGGAAUUGGAAACCUUAAGGUGCUUGUAAACAUUAUGUUUUGAUUUAAAGAUGGUACAAAAAUAAAGAAAAAUUAUUAAAGAAUCAAAAAACAAGUUUGUCUAGAAUCUAUGUAUUGCAAUGUCGAUUUAUUCAGGAAAUAUUGAUGUUAAUGUAUUCAAAAUGUAUGUAUUUAGAUGAUUAAAGUCACAUGUUACUAGUUUCUCCAAAAGCAAACAAAACUGUGUUUCCGCUGCCAAAACAUUCAUACAAAA